AUGGCCCUUCGACUUUUGACCAAGAGCUCCUCGGUCGCCGCCGUGCGCCCCAUGCUCGCUGCCCAGCGCUCCACCGCUUCUGUUGCCUUCAUUUAUGCGUUGUUGUCAACAGAGAAGCAGGUAUCUCCCGAGAACAAGGCUCAGAGCAUUAUCGACUCGCUUCCCGGCAACUCUUUGCUCUCCAAGACUGCCUAUGUCACCGCCCUCACCGGCGCUGCUACCUACUUGAUCUCCAAGGAGAUCUAUGUCUUCAACGAGGAGUCCUUGGUCCUCUUUGCCUUCGCUGCCACCUUUGGCGGUAUCGUCAAGGCUGCUCGUGAGCCCUUCAACGAGUGGGCUGAUGGCCACAUCAACAAGAUCCGCAGUGUUCUUCAGAAGGCCCGCGUUGACCACAAGCUCGCUGUCGAGGAGCGCAUUGACCAGGUCGGCCAGAUGAAGGACGUCGUUGAUGUCACCAAGGCCCUCUACGCCCUCUCCAAGGAGACCGCCCAGCUCGAGGCUGAGGCCUUUGAGCUCAAGCAGAAGACCGCCUUCACCAGCGAGGUUAAGUCUGUCCUCGACUCCUGGGUCCGCUACGAGACCUCUGUUCGCGAGCGCGAGCAGAGCAAGUUGGCUGCUUACAUGAUCGAGAAGAUCAAGGCCGAUCUCCAGGACCCCAAGCUCCAGUCCAAGAUUUUGGACGAGUCCAUCAGCCAGGUCGAGAAGAUCGCCUCCUCUGCCAAGGCCUAA